UUCCGAUGCGCACCGAGAAGAAACGGACUCGGCGGAGCAGACACAGAUUACGGGGAGGUGUGUUUUUCCCCUGAGAAGAAGAGGAAAAGCUUCGUCUAACAAUGGCGGCGGCCGCUCUAUCAAACAGAGCCGGUUCAGCAUUGAGCGCGCUCCGGCAGUCUCUUAACUUCCUCAGGAGCCUCAGUACCGCCGCGGCGUCACCGGCGAGCGGCGGCGCUGCUUCGAAGAAGCCGAAGCGGAAGAAGAAGAAGAAUUUAUUCGAGGUGGCUCAGUUCUUGCCCAACUGGGGGAUCGGGUACCACAUGGCCAAGACCCACUGGACCGGUGUCUCCUAUCAAAUCACCAAAAUCAAUCUCUACAAGGAUGGCAGGCACGGCAAGGCAUGGGGAAUUGUUCACAAAGACGGCUUGCCAGCUGCAGAAGCUCACAAGAAGAUAAGCGGUGUUCACAAGCGCUGCUGGAGGUACAUCCCUAAUUUAGCAAGCACCGGGAGCUCACCCAGCAUCAAAAGUGCAACUGAAGACAGUACUUCCAAAAGUGAAGCUCAAGCGGCAUGAUUUUGUCAAAUGGAGGCUAUCACAAUUUCUAUUCCAAGGGGAUAUUUUCUUGGACUCAAGUAUUGCGGAGCUCAAGUGUAGAACUAGUGUUCAAUUGUUUGGUCUGCUAGAUGUGCUCGAUAUUUCAAUAGCCUUUGGGUGAAGCGAGUGGAUAGAUUUGAUAGGCAUGCUGCAGGAUGUUCUCAUAAAUGUAAUUCCUCACUUUCUGAGAUUUUGUUGUCCUUCUAGCAUGCCCCCCAGCUUGAACGUUCUGUUGGACUCAUGAUCCAGUGAGCCCGUGAACUCGCUGUGAUAAUGAACGUACCUUGCAACUGAAAAUGUGGAAGAUGAUACAGCGAGAA